AUGUUCAUUUUCAUCAAAUAUGGAGAUGAUCAGCAUUUUCUGGCCAAUACCAAUUGCUCUGUCCUCCUGUUGCUGCAUUAUGCUCGGAGAAAAUUAGGCUUGUACAAAAGAGACACUAUCGAUUUGUGUGAUGAGUCGGGGACAAUGAAGCUGUUUUUCCUGUUGAAGACCCCUGGGGAAUAUGCCAGCAAGUUCCUUACAGCUCGAAACACCUACUAUGUGUGCAGGGUGGAGCGUGGCACACCAGGGACUCGACUUGAGAAUUCCUACAAGGCUUUUGUACCUCUCCUCAAGAAUCCGGAGCCAGAGCUACUUGAUGCUCUGCGCACACAAUGUGAUCUGCUGGAGAGGAGUCGCCUGAAGAUCCUUAGGACUCAAGAGGCCAAGAAGAUCGUUCCCAUUGAGUCCGUUGUGAACCUACCGGGAAAAGCUACCAAGUCCAGCACCUCGGCUCUCAGCCAACAAAGGUCCAAAGUGGCAGGACGAUCAGAUGAAGAGGGGUCCACUCGCAGGAGUCCACUCUAUAAGACUCGAGCAGACUUUUACAAGAAGGACAAGCAUCGUUAA